GCCAGCCCCUGGCCCGCUCCCCCUGCGGCCCGGACUUGGUACGGCCGGGCGGUUGCCGUCCUCCGCAGCUCCAGCUUGGGGCGGGAUUUUCAAAUCUUACCUCUGGAGAAGUGGCGGGGGCCCCGGCUGUGGCGCUGGAGAUGGAGGGGCAGACCCUGAGGGGUCCUGAGCUCGGCCUUGCAGCGCUUCCCGCCCAGCAGGACUGCUGCAUUCAAGAAAAAAUAGAUUUAGAAAUUCGAAUGCGAGAAGGAAUAUGGAAACUCCUUUCCCUGAGCACUCAGAAAGACCAGAUUUUGCGUGCAGUUAAGAAUCUCAUGGUGUGCAAUGCUCGAAUAAUGGCUUACACACUGGAGCUACAGAAAUUAGAAGAGCAGAUUGCACAUCAAACUGGAAGAUGUGAUGUGAAUUUUGAAAGUAAAGAACGAACAGCAUGUAAAGGAAAGAUUGCCAUAUCAGAUAUUCGAAUACCACUAAUGUGGAAAGACUCCGAUCACUUCAGCAAUAAAGAACGAUCACAGUGCUAUGCCAUUUUUUGUUUAUUCAAAAUGGGAGCUGAAGUUUUUGAUACUGACGUGGUGAUUGUGGAUAAAACAAUCACAGAUAUAUGUUUUGAAAGUGUAACCAUAUUUAAUGAAGCAGGUCCUGACUUUCAGAUAAAGGUAGAACUAUAUAGUUGCUGUACAGAAGAAUCUUCUAUAACCAACACACCAAAAAAACUAGCUAAGAAACUGAAGACGUCUAUAAGUAAAGCUACAGGGAAGAAAAUAAAUUCGGUGCUUCAAGAAGAUCGUGAAGUGUGCUUGUCCUUCAGUUCUGCUAUUUUUGGUGCAAAGUAUAAUUUGCUAGCUCAUACUACCCUGACCUUGGAAAGUGCUGAGGAUAGCUUCAAGACCCAUAAUUUGUCUAUUAAUGGAAAUGAGGAGUCUUCAUUUUGGCUUCCCUUAUAUGGCAACAUGUGCUGCCGGCUAGUCGCCCAGCCAUCCUGUAUGGCUGAGGAUGCAUUUGCAGGAUUUCUUAAUCAGCAGCAAAUGGUAGAAGGUCUGAUUAGUUGGAGAAGGUUGUAUUGUGUUUUAAGAGGGGGUAAACUCUAUUGUUUUUACACUCCAGAAGAAAUUGAAGCUAAAGUGGAACCAGCUUUGGUAGUGUCCAUUAAUAAGGAAACCAGAAUUCGGGUAAUGGAUAAAGAUGCCAAGAAAAGGAUCCAUAAUUUCUCUGUCAUCAACCCUGUUGUUGGACAGGCUAUAACUCAUAUUUUUACAGCUGACAGUAGAGAAGAUCUUCAGAAGUGGAUGGAAGCCUUCUGGCAGCAUUUCUUUGAUCUUAGCCAAUGGAAGCAUUGUUGUGAAGAACUUAUGAAAAUUGAGAUUAUGUCACCACGGAAACCACCUUUGUUCUUGACAAAAGAGGCGACCUCAGUCUACCAUGAUAUGAGCAUUGAUUCACCUAUAAAACUUGAAAGUUUAACUGAUAUAAUACAAAAAAAAAUUGAAGAGACAAAUGGACAGUUCCUUAUUGGUCAGCAUGAAGAAUCCUCACCACCUCAUUGGGCCACAUUCUUUGAUGGUAGUCAUCAAGUGGUCAUUCAGAAAAAGGUAUUAUCUCCUGCAAUCAAGCAGUUACAUGAUGGGAAAGGGAAAAAGAGGCGAGCUCCCCUUCCUCCUUCUGAUAAAGCUCCAUUCAGCUUAAAAACAGAGAGCAAGACAGAUCAAUUGGUUAAAGAUAAGUGGGAAAAAACAAGUGUAUCUCAGACCUCACCUUUGGAUACCAAAUUAUCAAGCCUUUUGCAUCACUUACAGAAACCAAUAGCUGCUCCUCGAAAACUUCUUCCUGCCGGGAAAAAUAGUUUAACUGAUGGUGAACACACAGAUUCUAAAACCAAUCUUGAAGUCAAGCCAGUGCCAGCUCCAAGGCAGAAAUCUAUCAAAGAUCUUUUGGACCCUAGAACUUGGUUGCAGGCACAAGUAUAGAAGACCCUUAAUGUAUAUGUACAAAACAUUUAACAAAAUCUAUAACUGUGAAGCUUAAUUCAGAAUCACUAUAGAUGUAGUAAUAUGUAAUUAUGUAGGUAAAUAUGGUAGUGAUUUACAUUAGUAAUAAGCUGUUAGGUAUAAAAAAUGUUUUGUAAUGAAGAAAUGGAUUUCUCUUUUACUUCUGAUUUUCAUAAUAUAAGUGAUUUCCACUGCAGAGUGCAAGAGACAGUUUCUAGACAAUAUCCUAAUUGUUGGGUUAAUUUAUUCCUAAAUUAGUACCAGGCAGUGAAAAAGAACUAAGCAGAAGAAAGCAUUAAAAUUUCUUUGGGAAGAGACUGUCUAGUAAUUUUAAAUGUGUUAAAUAUGAGCCAUAUUCUCAUUGUGAGAAUUUUAAUACUAAUGGAAUGUUUCAAAAGUUUUAUUCAAACCACAAAUUAUAGAAUCCACCCAAGAAAAUUUCUCCUUAGCAUUCUGGAAUUCUCAUCUAGUGGUUCACUGGCUCUCAUCUAUUGUGUAGCUCACUACUUAACUCACUGACCUUUCAAAUUCCUGGAUAAAUUUUGGAAUAUGAAAUUCUUCAUCUUUAAAGGGAGUUUGUAAUGUGCUAUUCAAAGUUGUUUCCUUGAUGAGCCUUGAAAUCCUGUUGACAUUAACUCUCAUAAGUGAAGUAUAACAUUUAUUAGUUUAGAGAAAAGGUAGAUGAAAUGUUCUUCCACUUUCUAUGCAUGGUGCUAAUUUCCAUUAUGACGUUGGAAUUUGGGGAAAUGAGUAGCUGAUUAACACCUUAAAAUUCAUUUAAUACUUAUUUAAAAAGCAGAUGGCCAAUUCAAAAAUAUCAGAAAAGUUGGCCAAGAUGAUAAUUUGCAGAAUUAAUCCAUUUAAAAUUUUUAAUUAGAUUUCCUUUUUCUAAUAAGGAUUGAUGUCUGCUAUUGAUAUUAUUCAUUAAAAGUCUUAUUUUUACAAUAAUGACUUCGGAAUCAUUUCCAUAGGAGGUAAUUUCCGUAGCAACUGAUCACAGUGACUCAAACAGGAUUAUGAAAUCAAGUGAGGAAUAAAUAGCAAGAGGAUGAAUACCUUAAAGGAACAAAAAACCCAUUUUUUAAUAAUAAUACUUCCUGUAAAGAAGAGCUGAACAGUUUUAAAAAUCAAAUCGGAAUUUCCAAAUAAAACAGUUUCCAUAAGGUGUCAGCAACAGCACUAAAAAUUUCAAAUCACAAUGAACCCUAAAUGUCAUUGCAAGAAAUAGAAAUAUAAGAAUUAAAUUACUACCCUGCAUGUAAUCUCUGGAGAUCUUUUUAAAGCUCAUAAGAACUCAAUUUGGAUCAGAACUACAUUAUUACAAAGUAAAAUGAACACUUGACAAAAAAGAACAUUAAUUUAACGGAGCCUUUCCUUAUUUUUAGAUACCAGAGUCUUUUUUCAUUUAUACAGAAUGAUGUAACUGCCAGGUUACUUUUGUAUUUGCCCAGGACUCCUAGUAAGAAUUGGGGCUCAAGAGAGUCAUGAUAUAAAAGGUCUCUUGUGACUGGCGACACCGGGAGAGACAGUAUUUGAUGAGAAGGAAACCCUAUAUGCUUGCCUGAUAGAAUUUAGAGACAGUCAUGUCUAUGAAAACCUAAAAAGGUAGGAUUAAUUUGUUUUUUCUAACUAGAAGGCUCUCAUAAAUUUCUGUUGUGAUUACCAAUUCAGUAAAUGACAUUUUAAAAAUCUAAUGCAUACUAUUGUUUGAAUUUUUGUUUAUUUUUUAAACCUUGCUGCUGUUCUUGACAGCAUUUGUGACUGUCAUUGCCACUAAAUUAUUGAGCUAGAAGAUGCUGCAGGCAAAUUGUUUCUGAAACUGUCGUAUAAGCAUUCGUUUUUUUUUUUUUUGGUUGAAGCCUUCCUUAUGACAAACCAGUGUUAAGACUUCCAAAUUAUAUUCUUGUCAUUUUUCCUCAUGCUUAUUAUAUCAUAAGGAUUUAAGUUGUACAGGAAAGAGAAUUUAUUCAUAGAGAAAUUACCUAGCAGUUGUGCCCUCAGUGGGACGAUUUGAAACAAGGCUGAAGCCCUUCUUCCUAGAGCCAUUUAGGUGAAGCCUGACCAAUGACCACCCUCACCCCCACUCACCGAAUUAUUCAGGCUAUUUCUGGGUCCCAUCUUACUGUAUGUUACACAGCCUUUGAAAUCAGACUGAAGUCUUGAGCUGCAUUUCCUUUGACAUUGUGCUCAUUAAAUGUUAGUUCACUUCCCCCCAAAGGUAUAAUACAAAGUUGAGGCUCCCCUCCUUCUCUUCCUUCCUUCCUCUCUUCGUUCGUUCCUUCCUUCCACAGUUAAAAAAAAAAAUCUUUCUUUGGUUUCCCUUGCCUGAGGAGCCACGAUAUUCAAAAAGAUACUGCUAAGACCAAUGUCAAAGAGGAUACUGCCUAUGUUUUCCUCUAGAAGUGUCAUGGUUUCAGGUCUUACAUUCAAGUCUUUAAUCCAUUUUGAGUUAAUUUUUGUGUAUGGUGUAAGGUAAUAGUCUACUUUCAUUUUUUUGCAUGUGGCUGUCCAGUUUUCCCAACACCAUUUAUUGAAGAGACUUUCUCCAUUGUAUGUUCUUGGCUCCUUUGUCAAAAAUUAGCUGUCCAAAGAUGUGUGGUUUUAUUUCUGGCCUCUCAGUUCUGUUCUUUUGAUCUGAUUGUCUGUUUUUCUGCCAGUACCAUGCUGUUUUGAUUACUAUAGCUUUGUAGUAUAUUUUGAAAUCAGAGAGUGUGACAACUCCAGCUUUCUUCUUUUUUCUCAGGAUUGCUUUGUCUAUUUGGGGUCUUUUGUUGCUCCAUAUAAAUUUUAGCAUUCUUUGUUCUAUUUCUGUGAAAAAUGUUGUUGAGAUUCUGAUUGAGAUUGCAUUGAACCUAUAGAUUGCUUUAGGUAAUAUGGACAUUUUAACUAUGUUUAUUCUUUCAAUCCAUGAGCAUUAAAUAUCUUUCCAUUUCUUUAU